AUGUUCCGUUUCACCCUCCUCCUAGCGGCACUCAGUGCCAUGCUUUCCACUUCUGUUGCCUUCGCUCCUUCUCUAGCCGUCGGACGCAAUGGUUUCUGUGCCUCCUCUGAAUCUGCCAUGCCAGUCCGCAGUCAUUCUGGAAGCAAGUCUGAGCUUAACAUGGCCGCUGACUUGAAGGGAAAGGUCGCUUUUAUUGCCGGUGUCGCUGAUUCCACUGGAUACGGUUGGGCCAUCGCCAAGGCUCUUGCCGAUGCCGGAGCCACCAUCAUUGUCGGAACUUGGCCACCAGUCUUGAAAAUCUUCGAAAGAGGUUUGGCGAAGGGACAAUUCGACGAGGAUUCCACCCUUUCUGAUGGAUCCAAGAUGACCAUUGAGAAGGUUUACCCACUUGAUGCUGUUUUUGACGAACCCGAUGAUGUUCCUGAGGACAUCAAGACCAACAAGAGAUACGCCGGACUUGAUGGAUACACCAUCUCCGAGGUCGCCAAGGCUGUCGAAGCCGAUUAUGGAAAGAUCGAUAUCCUUGUUCACUCACUUGCCAACGGUCCUGAGGUCACCAAGCCCCUUCUUGAGACCAGCCGUAAGGGAUACCUUGCCGCUUCUUCUGCUUCCGCUUACUCUUUCGUCUCCCUUGUCCAAAAGUUUGGCCCAAUCAUGAACCCCGAAUCAUGUGCUCUUUCGUUGACUUACAUCGCUUCCGAAAAGGUCAUUCCAGGAUACGGUGGAGGUAUGUCUUCCGCCAAGGCCCAAUUAGAAUCUGACACCCGCACUUUGGCAUUUGAAGCUGGCCGCAAAUGGGGAAUGCGUGUCAACACCAUCAGCGCUGGACCUUUGAAGUCUCGUGCUGCCUCUGCUAUCGGAAAGGAACCAGGACAGAAGACUUUUAUCGAGGUCGCCAUUGAUUACUCCAAUGCCAACGCUCCUUUGGCUCAAGACCUUUACAGCGACGAUGUCGGUAACUCUGGAUAUUUCUUGUGCUCUCCUCUUGCACGCACCAUUACCGGUGUGACUCUUUACGUCGACAAUGGGCUACACGCCAUGGGAAUGGCGCUCGACAGUGCUGCAUUGAACCAGUAA